UAUUUUUUAAGCAUGUAACUGCUAGAUGUUUAAAUCUAAAGGAAAAACCAUACUGAAUCAUGUGUUAUCUGCUGUCAGAUUCAAUUUCGGUACCCUGUAACAUAUCAAUGAAUUGCUAUAAUCAAACACACUUGAGGUGGUUAUUUACAUAGAGUUGGCCUAACUGCAAUAUUUGCAUGUGUUACUUAUUAGCAAACACAAUAUCGCUAUGAAUAACUGAAAAGUGAUGAAAAUUUCAGAAAGUAAUGUUGCAAAUAACAACAUUAUUAAGGUUCAAUUAACAGUAUAGUGAUGCUAUAAUGAAGAAAUGAUUUUAUAACCAAUGAUACGAUUUUAUAAUGAAUAAUGAACCAUUUAUAAAUAUUACACAACUGUUUUUGUAAUAACAAUACGCACUUUAGUGACUAGUAAUACAAAAAAUAGUUUAAAAGUUACAUUUUAUGUUGAGCUAUAGCUAGCUUAACAAUUUAUAUAAAACCGAGUAUGGCUAUUAGUGACAAUAGUUAUGUAGUCACUAUUUUUUUGUAAUAGCUAACAAAAAAAUUGUUAUAAGCAACUCAAAUCUUUUUUCGGUUCACUACUAUACACACGAAUAUAGUAGCGUAUGAAUAGAAUACAAGUGUAUGCAACUAUCAGGCGGAGAGUUCAAUUUACGAGGCAGCUAGCACGCACCACGCAUGCGCGGACGAAAGAAUCACGCAUGCGUCGUGCAAACGUCAAGUUUAUUUCAGUAAAGCUCAUGGGGCCGCACCAAACGCUGCUCGCUAACUGCAAAUAGCACAUUUACAAUCAAAAUAAAACGUAACAAAUAAAAAAAAACAAAAGACAAACAGCCCCAAUGCCACGCGUAAACAGCCGCGGUUACUCAAACGAAAACAAGUGACGAUAGUAAAAAAAACAAAAAACAAAAACAGUGUUCAAUAAUGCAGCAAUGCGGCAAAGAAUCGAUGCCAGCAGUAUUCCCUAAUGCCAAAUUCUUAAAAAUUUAGUGUCAAAUAAACAAACAAAAAAAUACGAGAAUGGAACCGUUAAUAGAUAGGAACAACUUCGCCAUUAGCGCGAUGGUGACUGUGGCGAUGCAGAUCCUCUUCUUCACCAUUGCAUCGCUGUUUCAAAACGACAAGGUGACUGAUUUCACUGGAGGUGCUAAUUUCAUUAUUAUUGCUCUUCUAACGUUCUUCCUAGGCCAAGGAGGUAGCCAUUUAAAAAGUUACGAUAGUAGACAACUCAUGGUCACAGCUUUCGUCUGUGUUUGGGGUCUAAGACUGUCUGGAUACCUAAUCUAUAGGAUCUACCACAUCGGCAGAGACAAACAGUUCGAGGACAGAAAGAGCAACACCCUGAGAUUCGCCGUUUUCUACACGUUUCAAGCGAUUUGGGUGUAUAUCGUAAGUCUUCCUGUAAUUAUCAUCAAUUCACCUCAUCACUCGUUUCCCAAGUCACCAAAGACCAUGACGACUUUGGAUUCUGCAGGAGCUGGAGUGUUCGUCAUCGGAUUGCUAAUAGAGACCUACGCAGACCUCCAAAAAUUCGCCUUCAGACAGGAACCAGCAAACCAAGGUAAAUGGUGCAACGACGGCCUAUGGGGAUUGUCCAGACAUCCCAACUACUUUGGCGAAGUCGUACUAUGGUGGGGCUUAUUCAUCAUAUCACUGAACGUGAUCGAAGGCAUCGAAUGGAUAGCGAUACUAUCGCCUUUGUUCACGACUGCUAUCAUUUUGUUCUUAUCUGGAAUACCAUUGCUGGAACGCUCGGCGGACGAAAAAUAUAGAGAUAACCCAGAUUAUCUUUAUUAUAAGGCGUCCACGUCACCGUUGAUACCGAUCCCUCCGGCUAUUUACGUGGAAGUGCCUAGGUUCUUAAAGUUCGUGUUAUGUUGCGAAUUCCCUAUAUAUGAUUCGACCGCGGAGGAUUUUCCAGUGCCUACUAUCGUCACUGAGACGACAAGCAUAUCGAUGGUGCAGUCCCAGACAUAGCUAACGGGCGCCGCGCGCGAUAACAGCGCGGCCAAGACAGACACGACGCAGAAAAACCCCCAACCCAGUAAACAGUUGUGAUACACAGCCGAAGAGAAACCUCAGAAGAUAUUGCCAAAUUCAUUGCCACUUAAGCAGAGUAAUACUGUAGAUAUGAACCUUUAUAAUACUUAUAUGGAAAAUAUUAGAAAGAGUAAGCGGGUCGCGUUGGACCUUUUGGAAGAUACUAAAGAUAUUUACGAUGGAAUUUCCGUUGAAAAUUCUAGUAAUACUAAGAAGAAUAUACAUAACAGUUUAGAUGUAGAAGCGGGGCCUAGCACUAGCAAAGAUAAUCCUAAGAGAGCGACAGAAUUCGUUAAGUAUGGCAAGAUAACCUUUAACACGACGGCUAUACUGCACCACUAUCCGCAAAUGUCUCAGAGAGACAGAGAGUCUAACACUACUGAGAAUCGCAAGCCAAAUGUGACAGUAGCAACCAAAAAAUCUGAUUUAAAUCUCCCUAUAGAAUCUAAGAGUGUAAAUAAUAAUGAGAUCAAAGAUGAUGUUAAAGGUACUGAGGCCAAAAAUGAUAAAAAAGAUAACUUUAACAAUAACGAGAGUCCAGCCAAAGUAAAUUCGAUUGUUAACGCCGACAAUUCAGUUGUAGUAUUGAAGAACCCUGUCAAAUUUACUGAAGAAAAACUAGUAUGAGGUUUGGAGAUAAAGUUUUUUUCAUUACACUUUCGGAUUAGUAGACUUUGGCACCGGACGAUGCGGCCAGGGGGUUUGAAAAGAAACAUAUCGAAAAUAGAAAUGUUGUAAAUAAAACAAAAAGACUGGAUGAUAAAAUAUGAAAAUGAUAUUACGAGAAGAUUUCAACGUGAAUCUUGCCGAGCUAAUUUAUUUAUUAAAUGAUAGAGAUAAAGCGAAAAAUAUUGUUGUAGUAAAAGUUUUUAAAAGCGCGUUAAUCCAAUAUAAUUAGUACCUUAUAUUAGUCUCAAAUCCGUCUCAAAUAGAAUAAAUUUGUGUCUUAAAAUUAGAUAAAUGUAAUGUAAUAUAGAAGGAAUUUCCUGCUGCUACUUAUCUAGGUAAGUCGAAUGAUUAAAUAUUAAUCUUUAUGUGAUUAGCUACUAGCUGUAACCCGCGGUAUUACUCGCGGUUUAUUAGGGAUAUUUACCCGCAGUAAAACGUAGCCUAUGUGUUAAUCCAGGGUGUCAGCUAACUCCAUACCAAAUUUUAUAAAAAUCGCUCCAGCCGUUUAGACGUGAAGAAGUAACAAUCAUGCACACUCACACAAUCACAAACUUUCGCCUUUAUAAUAUUAGUGUGAUUAUUCUUUUAUCGAGGAGGAGCUCGAUGGCGUAGGUGGUUAGCGCGUUCGGCUGCGAUCGUUGAAGUUAAGCAACUUUCGCAGUGGUCGGUCAUUGGAUGGGUGACCAAAAACAUCGAUCUCGAGUUCCUCCGUGCUUCGGAAGGCACGUUAAGCCGUUGUUCCCGGCUGCAUCUGCAGUCGUUAGCACCCGCCAAUCCGCACUGGGCCCGCGUGGUGGGUCAUGGCCCAAUCUCCCUAUUCCAUCCA